GAACACAGGCUAUUUAUUUUCGAACAGUUAAAGUACUGGAUUACCUGCCAAGCUACCAGUCUCUUUAUCAGAGACCUGAAAAGGGACAAAUACAACAUUGUAGGAUAUGCAAGAAAAUCCAGAAGUAACGGAAACGGUGAAUGUCGUACUCGAUUGUUGGAGCAGAUGGUCAAGAGAUUAAAAACAGAGGUCAUUAGUCGACACGAUUUUCGUUUCUCCUACUUAGUACUAUCACCUCCUCUAUAUCAAUCCGUCUUCUGAAUUUCAGCAUCUAUCCAUUAGGGACGGCGCGAAACAGGUUAACCAAAAUCAACGGCAAUUCGAAAGGGUAAAACAAUGGAACGAUCCAGUCAGCAAUGGGGAAGAAGCUUUGUAGUCAGCAAAGAGCACAAAAGUCGCCAACGCAGACUUCUCGAUGAACACACGAUUUUCGUUUCCCCUACUGCCAAUGCCAACGAAAUGAUGAUAGAAAGGGAUUUGAUAAAAAAUGAAGGUCUUCUGAAACAACUGAAUGUCGAUGGCGAUGCUCAAGAUCUCUUUAAUUACAUUAUCCAAAAUAAGAAAAUUUGCAUAGUUGUCCUUGAUUACGCAGGCUUCUCGAUGAACACAGGCUAUUUAUUUUCGAUCAGUUAAAACACUGGAUUAUUUGCCAGGCUACCAGUUUCUUAUCAGAGACCUUAUCGACACGAUUUUCGCUUUUCCUACUGCCAAAUGUAGCAUAGUCUAUAAAAAUAUCUGAUAAAAUAAACAAAACUCAACUUCUUG